GCCCUACUCAAGAACAUCUCUUUAAACAGUCUUUUCUCUAUUGAGUUUCUUUUCAGAUCCAGAAUAUAUUAAUUUACAUGAAGUCUUUGUAUGAUAUUGAAGCCUUUUUUGUGGUGAAUUAUGUACACAAGAAGGUCCUAAAAGGGCUUUCUUAAAUAAUGUCUGAUUUUUUUCUCUCUCUCAGUUGUCCUGUUAGGUUUCCUGUAGGUUUUGUUUCACAGCUUUCAAUUUUCUCCUCAAACAUAAAGUGGCUUCGUGCCAAAAGAAAGAAAAAAUAGUCUGACGUACUAACCGAUCAACUAUUGCAGACACGGUCUGUUAAACACGGAACAAUCAGGCUUACAACACAUUGCAGGGAAUCUGUCUGGUCUUGCAAGUGCAUUGUCAAAGAAGACAGUUUCGUUUUUCCCUUUAGGUUUUUCAAAACACUAACCAAUCCUGCACCAGCUAUGGAUAUAAAAUCUCAAGACUCGGCUUCUUCCUAACAUUGGACAAGCUGAUUCUUUUUCACACGAAAUUGUCUUAGACUCUGGAUUGUACAACUAACAUGUCGGCUUGGCGCAACAAACAAAACUACAGUUUUUUUUUUAGAAAGUUUAAUGAAGAAACUAGACAAACUGGUGCUCUUCAAGACAGCUAGUAAUUUCACACUGACAAAUAUGAGACAAUCCUGAGUUUCAAGUUCUUCAAGUUCUCUUCUGGUUCAGUCCAUCUGUUUGUGUCUAAAACAGACUUGAAAGAUGAUUCCUGAUGUCAGUAGGUUGUCAGUUAGUAUUAUUACUGGUACUUCUUACACAUUUUAAGCAGUGUUCUUUCGGAAAUCUUCGGUAUCUUAAAUAUUAUGACACGUCACAUUUAUAUUUUUUCAUCGUCUCAGACCUUAUAAAGCAUAUGGUGUUUGAAAGUAACCAAAAAGAGUCUGUGGGGUUUUUUUUAUUUUAAAUUAAACCACCUGUAUAUGUAAAAUGAAAUGCCAUGUUUAUAUUUCCUUAAGAGGAUAUACUAUUAUUGAAGAGCUGUGUGCAUUUUCCGCACCCAUACAUUACAUUCUCUGAAUAACUUAGGGUGGUGACCACUUAAAGAACAGCAGUUUUUCUUUUAUUUGCAAAGCUAUCCUUAAUAAAGUACCAUUCUAUUUAUUUAGAAUGGUACUUUAUUAAGGCUGAAGUUCUAGCCUUAUUUUGAAGGUCUCUUGCCGGAUGUAUAAUCUAUUUUUUAUACUCGCUGGCUGCGGCUGCUUCUGCUCUCUGACUAAAAUGUCUAUCGUCAGUUUUGAUAAAUUACCUCAGGUAUCAAAGAUUUGGAUCGCUCUGAGGCGGCUUGACAAAAAAGAUGAAAAAGUGGCUACUCUUCGAGAAGUGUCUAUUCCCCCAGCAGCUGAUGUUACCAUCAUUGUACAGAUUGUCAGCAGUGCUUUUGGGCUGAACUGCUCCAGUGUUGUGUUCAAGAUAAGGAACCAUCAUGGCCAUCUUAUCCCUCUGAACAGCUCCAUCCCUGCUAACAGCAAGCACAUACCUUACGUGCUUGAGGUUGCAAAGAUCUUUCAGCAUGUGUGUCCCAAGCCAAGAACCAUCCCCAUGACUGUGAUCAAUAAAACUAUGAAAACAAGACUACAGACUAUUGAAAGAAGGGAAAUUGAAUGUCUCAACCAGAAGUUGAGGUUUCUUCAUCAGAGAAUGCAGCAUAAGGAGCAGUUGUCAAAAUAUCUGGUGGACCAACUCCAGUUAGAAGUAGCAAAUUCUCACACAUGGAAAGGGGUGUUGAUCAGAGCCCCUCUGUGGUAAACUGAGAGCCGCAUUUCAACUGCAGAGCAACAGAGCAAUGGUUAUAAUUGCCAUCAUGGUGCAUCAUGUUACUAUGUACAACUGGUUCAUGAUUUGUGUUUCCUAUGUUAUAGUGUUUCCAACUACUUAUAUUAUUUAUAUUAGGAUUUCAAACACCUGUAGCCAUCCAUCUAGUCACAGUCUGGACAAAAAGGCCUUAAACAUUUAGAUCACAGACUCGUGUUUGUAUUCUCCAGGUUAAUGCUGAUAGUUCUUUCGUGUACUGCUUUUCUGUCUUCAAAUGUAGUGAAUAUAUUCCUGUCACCCACCCAAGUAUAAGAGCAAUAUAUCUGUAAGACCUUCACUUACUUGAGUAGCAAACAAGUAGCAAACUCAUUUUGACUGGUGAACGAUGAGUUUGAUUGUAUACUGUGUGUACCUUGAAAUAAAUAAAAUAAUUGAAUGAAAUAAAAAUAGUCUGACUGCAUUAUUUGUUAUUAAUAUUUAUUCAUUUUGGAACUCUUAUGCUCAGAAUCUUUGUUGUUGUUUUCUCUUACUGGUUGUGAAAACGACAGUGGUUGCAAAUGUUGGGCAAUUUCCUGCCUUUGUAACAAAUGAUGCAAGCACUGAAACCGGUCAGGUCUGUCACACAGUGUUCAGUAAUUUUUCUUGUGAAGGGGAUUAUGCAUAUCCAAUUGCGACAUAAUAUGCAAAGGCUAGGUGGCAUCAUGGGAUUUUAUGAAAAACUGUCAUUUAUUUGUCAAAACAAAUGCUCAGAAAUUUCUCCCUUAUUGGUCCCUUUAGGCACUGUGCAUUGAACUUUUUGAUGUUAAAAGUGAGCAGUAGAGUUUGUUUUCAGACACUGCUGAAUCAUCAUACUGGACAUAACUUCAGUUUACACGUUAUCCAAACAAGUCUUAAAUGACUGGAUUUGAAGAAAAAAAAUGAAUACAGACACUUCACUCUGACAAAUUUUCCAAUUUUAGACGAAAAUGAUAGGCAA